AUGUACCUUCUUGGCAUGCGGCGAAUGACAGCAUCAUCAAGCCUCAUGCUCAUAAAGUUGACCACGAGCACCAAGCAAAGCAUCAAUCUGUCCACAAAAGCAUCAAAUACAGGAAUACAAUGCAAGUAUGCAACAGCACUCACCUCAUCCACAAAAAUAAUUGUAGGAGCCAACUUGACAGCCAAGGAGAAUAGUGCCCUCACAAAUGUAAGGGAUGAAGGAGUAACAUUGAUGAAAUGGGCCCCAGCUUCGGUAGCCAGAGCCUUUGCUAUAAGAGUUUUUCCAGUUCCAGGGGGACCAAAAAGCAGCAUACCUUUGCAAGGCUGA